AUGUCCGUCUGUAUCGCUCGAAAGUGGAAGCCAAGUGGUUUCGUGAGAUACCAAUCAAUCAUCAGUGAUUCUGUCACAUCGCAUGUUCAUUCACAUACAAUCAAGACCCCGGUCGGUGAGCAAGCUAAACUGAGAGCCCCAAGGUACACCAGAUUGUCUGUUGAUGGACCCAUUGAGUGUUCUUUGCAUGGAUUCCAAUUGCUCAACUCACCUCUUUUCAACAAAGGCUCUGCUUUCACUGUCGAGGAAAGAGAGGCUUUUGGGCUUACAGGACUUUUACCGCCAGUCGUGAACACCCUGGAUGAGCAAGUGGAGAGAGCUUACGACCAGCUCCACUUUCUCAAGACCCCGCUCGCCAAAAACGAUUUCUGCACCUCCAUGAGACAGCAAAAUAAGGUGUUAUUUUACGAAUUGGUGAGAAGACACAUUAGAGAGCUGCUCCCGAUCGUGUAUACUCCGACGGAAGGAGACGCCAUAGCCGCCUACUCGAAUAGAUUCAGAAAGCCAGAAGGAUGUUUCUUAGAUAUCACGGAUCCCGAUUCCGUGGACGAGAGACUAGCCGCAUUCGGCGAGGCUAAAGAUAUAGACUACAUUGUUGUUUCUGACGGGGAAGGAAUUUUGGGUAUUGGAGACCAGGGUGUGGGAGGUGUGCGUAUCACCAUCGCCAAGGCAGCUCUCAUGACUUUGUGUGCUGGUGUCCAUCCAGGAAGAGUGAUGAGCGUUGUUUUGGACGUUGGCACCGACAACGAGAGACUUCUAAACGAUGAUCUCUACAUGGGAAACAGAUUCAAGAGAGUCAGGGGGGAGGAGUACGACAAAUUCGUGGACAAGUUCAUCCAGACCGUAAAGAAGAGAUUUCCAAGCGCCGUUUUGCACUUUGAGGAUUUCGGUGUCACCACUGCCAGACCUAUCUUGGAAAGAUACAGAAAAGAGCUGCCAUGUUUCAACGACGAUAUUCAAGGAACUGGUGCUGUUGUCAUGGCUUCCAUGACUGCCGCUCUGAAGGUUAGCCAGAGAAACCUGUUGGACUCGCAGAUCAUCAUCUACGGUGCAGGAUCGGCAGGUCUGGGUGUUGCCGACCAGAUUGUGAACCACAUGGUCAUUCACGGAAGCACUCCUGAGGACGCAAGGGCAAGAAUCCACUGCAUGGACAAGAGAGGCCUCAUUUUAGACUCUAUGCACAAGACCUCGACGCCUGCUCAACAGAAAUACGCCGACCCAGCCGACGAAUGGGAAGGUGUCAACACAAAAUCUCUAGUGGAGGUGGUAAGAAAAAUCAAGCCUACGGUUCUGGUUGGCUGCUCGACACAGGCCUCUGCGUUCAACGAGGAAGUCAUCAAGGAGAUGUACAAACACAACCCUAGACCCAUCAUUUUCCCGCUUUCCAACCCAACAAGACUCCACGAGUGCACGCCUGAGGACGCUCUGAAAUGGACAGACUACAACGCUAUGGUGGCCACGGGCUCGCCGUUCCCUCCGGUCCACGGUUACGUGAUUUCAGAAAACAACAACUGUUUCACGUUCCCUGGUAUCGGUCUGGGCGCAGUUCUCUCGAGAGCAACUACUAUUUCUGACUCGAUGAUCUCUGCUGCCGUUGACCAGCUGGCUGACGGUUCUCCUGCUAAGAAGAACGCCAAGGCCGGUCUUCUGGCCCCUCUCGAGGUCAUUGACGAGACCUCCGCCAAAGUUGCAACUGCCGUGAUUUUGCGCGCCUUGGAAGAGGGAGUCGCUCGUGUCGAGGACGAAGAAUCUCCAGACGGAGGCAAGGUCACUGUUCCUAGAGACUUUGAAGAGUGUCUUGCCUGGGUCAAAUCGCAAAUGUGGAAACCGGUCUACAGACCGAUGAUCAAGGUCGAGCACGUCGACUCUAUCCACACCCACCAGUGCUAA